UCGGCAGUCUUUCUCAGUGCCAAUGUGUGUGUGUGAGUGAGCGAGGGGGAGCCAGGUAUGGGCGAGAGCGGAGGAGAUGGCUCUGAGUGAGGGAGCGCGAGAGAGAUGUGAAGUUGUGGAGGAGUUAAAGAGAGGGAUUUUGGAAGGACGGAUAUAUUUGACACCUCACAUGGCGAACCUGAAGAAGUUUAUGGAGUAUGUUCAGCAGAGGAACAUUGAGAAGGUGUCCAAGUUCCUGGAGAAAGGUCUGGACCCCAACUUCCAUGACCCUGAAUCGGGAGAAUGUCCUCUGACUAUGGCGUCUCAGCUGGAGGGCUGUGCAGAGCUCAUCAAGGUGCUGAAGAGUGGAGGAGCUCACCUGGACUUCAGGACCCGAGACGGCAUCACUGCCCUGCACAAGGCUGUCCGCACCAAGAACCAUACGGCGCUCAUAACGUUGCUGGACCUGGGUGCGUCUCCUGACUAUAAGGACAAUCGAGGGUUAAGUCCACUCUAUCACAGCUCUAUGGUAGGAGGAGACCCCUACUGCUGUGAACUACUGCUCCACGACCACGCUCAGGUGGGCUGUGUGGACGAGAACGGCUGGCAGGAGAUACACCAGGCAUGUCGUCAUGGUCAUGUUCAGCACUUGGAGCACCUGCUGUUCUACGGAGCCGACAUGACUGCUCAGAACGCCUCUGGAAACACCGCCCUUCACGUCUGUGCCCUCUACAACCAGGAUAGCUGUACCAGAGUUCUACUGUUUCGGGGAGCGAAUAAAGAGAUCAAGAACUACAACAGCCAGACAGCCUUUCAGGUGGCCAUUAUAGCAGGAAACUUUGAUCUGGCUGAAAUCAUCAAGAUCCACAAAGUGUCAGACGUUGUGCCUUUCAGGGAGACCCCCUCCUACACCAACCGUAGACGUGUGUUGGUGGGCGGCCUGCCCUCGCCCCGCUCCCUGCUGCGCUCCGCUAGCGACAACAACCUCAAUGGGGACAGCAGUCACGGUCUGGGUCAGAGUCUGGGGCAGGGUCACGGUCACGGUCGACAGGGUCAGUCUCCUGUCCCCUCUCUGAGAAGCCUGCCUGCACUGGGACAACACCAACAACACGCCAGCCUGGGGGAGACCCGUCAUGGAGAGGUGCCAGACAGCAGUCUCCAGAGCACAGGCAGUUCUCGCUCCUCCCACUCCCGGUCUCCCUCGCUACACAGUCAUCUGCAUGAGGGUGAUCAGGGCAUCAGGAAGGCACACGGACACCCUCUGGGACACGUCCCUCGAGGACGCCUCAGCCCGGGCACGGUGCAGCGGAACCCCAGUCCUCCCACCCACACCCCUCCUGCCAUUGCCGGUGCCAGCGGGCCCAAACGGAAACUCUACAGCGCCGUGCCGGGACGUACCUUCAUCGUGGUCAAACCAUACACGCCACAGGGCGAGGGAGAGAUCCAGCUGAACCGUGGCGAGAGAGUGAAAGUGUUGAGUAUAGGAGAAGGAGGUUUCUGGGAGGGCACGGUCAAGGGGAGAACAGGCUGGUUCCCUGCCGACUGUGUGGAAGAGGUUCAGAUGAGACAGUACGACCCUCGGCUAGAGACAAGAGAGGAUCGCACCAAGAGACUGUUCAGACACUACACUGUGGGAUCUUACGACAACGUCACCUCAUACAGUGAUUACAUCAUAGAGGAGAAGAAUGCUAUGUUGCAGAAGAAAGAAAACGAAGGCUUCGGUUUCGUCCUGCGGGGAGCCAAAGCUGAGACGCCUAUUGAGGAGUUCACCCCAACACCAGCGUUUCCUGCCCUCCAGUACCUGGAGUCUGUCGAUGUGGAGGGAGUGGCCUGGAGGGCAGGGCUUAGGACAGGAGACUUCCUCAUAGAGGUGCACGGAGUGAACGUGGUGAAGGUGGGCCAUAAGCAGGUGGUGUCUCUGAUCAGACAGGGGGGCAACAGCCUGCUGAUGAAGGUGGUCUCUGUCACACGCAAACCUGAGUCUGAGGAGGUGGUCCGCAAGAAAGCUCCACCGCCACCCAAGAGAGCACCCAGCACCACUUUGACACUCCGCUCCAAGUCCAUGACCGCCGAACUGGAGGAACUGGCUUCCGUCCGGAGGAGGAGAGGAGAAAGGCUCGAUGAGAUGCUAGCGUCCCAGGAGCCUGUGAUGUUACGUUCCCAGCCCACAGAGGCCGACUACAGAGCUGCUACUGUCAAACAGAGACCUACCGGCAGGAGAAUCACACAAUCAGAGAUCAGUUCGUUGUUUGAGAGGCAGGGCAUGGCAUUACAUGGUGGGCUCCACCCAGGGAUGGAAAGGGCUCAUAUGCAGCUGCCUAGAGGGAUGUCCAGGACCAAGUCAUUCGGUGCGACUGAGGAGGACCGUCUGUCGGUGUUGGCUGGAGAACACCGUUUCCCCCGGAGCUCCUCCAUGACGGAGAGCCUCCGAGACCACUCCCACUCCCAUUCUAUCCCGCCCCCUCCCCAGACCGCACCCCCUCCUCCCCCCUCCCUCUACCACUUGGACACUGGCCCUCCUGCCUUCUGCCCCCCUCCUCCCCCUGCCAGGGGUCAUGGUCAGGGUCAUGACCCUGGAGGUCGUUCCAGCUUCAAGCCCUCCUCCCUGGACCUGGACCGGCCCUAUGACCCAUCGCCCCGCCAGUCCUCCCAUGCCGAACGCCAGAAGAAGGCAAGGUCAAUGAUUAUUCUACAAGACUCCUCCCACUUACCCGUGGAGCCCACCGACAUCCCCCGCCCCUCCGCCUCCGCUACACCACCAGAUCGAAUCAAACGGAAAGGCCGGGUGAUUGACAACCCGUACGCCAAUGUGGGCCAGUUUAGUAUUGGACUGUACACACCCACCAAGCCCCAGCGCAAGAAGAGUCCUCUGGUGAAACAGCUACAGGUGGAGGACGCACAGGAGAGAGCCAGCAUCGCCUUGGCCGCUGCCCACUCACGAGAGACCUCCCCCUCUGGUCGACACACACACACCCACAGCCACACACACACCAGCCGGGCUGACUACUACCAGCAGCAGCUGAUGGUGGAGCGCGAGCGUAUACGUCUCCAGGGAGAGGCUUUGCUGCAGGGGAAAGGGCCUUUCGCUGCCGCUAUCGCUGGCGCCGUGAAGGACCGAGAGCGCCGUUUAGAGGAGCGGAGGAAAUCCACAGUCUUCCAGUCGGUGGGAACCAUGGAGGGGGGGUCGGGGUCCAACCCUGAGCCCCCCUCCUACACCACAUCUCGCUCCAUCGAUGAGCGCUUGCUCAGCAGAGAACUGGGCCAACUGCCACCCCCCGCCCUGGCCCUGCGCCCCUCACCUGGCGGCACUACCUUCAUCCACCCACUCACAGGGAAGCCCCUGGACCCUAACUCGCCCCUUGCUCUUGCGCUGGCCGCAAGGGAGCGGGCACUUACCUCCCAGAGCCAGUCCCCCGCCAGCAGCCCUGAGCCCAGGACUAAACAGGACAGGGCUGGUGUUGGAGGUCAGGGGGCUUCGCUUUUCAUCGACAGCCAGACCAAAGAGCCGAAGCCUGGGGACGGGAGGCCGGGGUCGCCCCAGGCUGGUAAAUCCCAGUGGGGAGUGUCAUCACCCGCCUUGCUUCGCCAGGAGAUGGAGGGAAGAGGGCAGGAGAGGAAGGAGGAGAGGAGAACGGAGGAUAAAAAGAGAGUGUUGAUCAGUAUCAUGGACACAUCACAACAGAAGACAGCUGGACUAAUCAUGGUCCAUGCCACCAGUAACGGCCAGGCUGUGGGGCUGGGACCACGGCUGGAGCAAACCCCCACCUCCCCAGCCACCGAGCCCAGUAAACUCUCCCUCAGUCGGGCUCAGUCGCCCAGCCCCUCUGCUUCUCAGUCCCAGCCCCAGACCCAGGCCCAGGGCACCUCCAGCCCAGCCCAGGCUCCCCUGGCCCAGGGCAGUUCAGAGGAAGAUGUGGAGCCCUACACAGUGAGCCUACCUCCAGCCAUGCUGUCCUCCAGUGAUGAAGAGACCAGAGAGGAGCUGAAGAAGAUUGGGGUGCUCCCACCUCCGGAUGAGUUCGCCAACGGGUUGCUGGCCAAUUCACAAGCCCAGGCCCAAGCCCAAGCCCAGGGGAUCCCUGUACCCCAGUCUAAAUCCACCACCUCCCCCACAACCCCUACCAUCCCUACUCCCCUCACCCCUUCCACCACCACCCCAACCUCCAGCCUGACCCCCACCUCCAGCUUGACCCCCAUCCAACCCCAGGGCCCUCCUCUCCAGCCUACCCCCGGAGGAGCAGUCGUCUCAGGGAAACCCUCGUACCCGGACCAGCCCCAUCCUCCAGCCCUGCUGGCUGAGUCGGGUUCAGCAGCAGACUCUGGUGUGGAGGAGCCAGACACACGCAGCUCCAGUGAGAGAGAGCGAGACCACCACCUGGAGACCACUAGCACUGUGUCCACCGUCUCCAGCAUGUCCACUCUGUCCUCGGAGAGUGGCGAGCCCGCCGACACACACACCUCCUACGCUGAUGGGCAGACCUUUGUGCUCGACAAGCCGCCAGUGCCUCCCAAGCCCCGGCUCAAGUCCCACAUUGGAGGCAGUAAAGGCCCGGUCACCUUCAGGGACCCGCUGCUGAAGCAGAGCUCUGACAGCGAGCUGUUAUCCCAGCAGCAGGCGGCUGCUCUAGCUGCAGCAGCGGCGGCGGGAGGCCCCGGGAGGCCCCGCUACCUCUUCCAGAGGAGGUCCAAGCUUUGGGGUGACCAGAUGGAGGUUCGAGGACCCGGGGUGGGGUUAGGGAUGGGAAGUCUGGGGAGUCUAGGGGGGUUGGGGUUGGGGCUGGGGGGUGAGGAGGGGGGGAAACCAUCAGUGAUGGGGGAACUGAGUACCAGAUUGCAGCAGCUGAAUAAGGAUACCAGGUCACUGGGGGAGGAGGAGCCACUGGGGGCGUCGCUGGACCCUGGGAGGAAGUCCCCUGUGACAGGCGCCAGACUUUUCAGCAGUCUAGGAGAGCUCCACACCAUUUCCCAGAGAAGCUACGGCACCACCUACACCAUCCGGCCCGGCAGCCGCUUUCCCGUUACACGCCGCACACCAAGCCCUGGCUCGAGCUCCCCGGAUCGGGGUGACCCCCUCAGUCGACUCUCAGGCUUCGGCCUACCCACUUCACCCACCACGCCGCACCACACCAUCCUCAAGUCGUCCAGCCUCAGCCUGCAUCAUGAGCCCAAAGAGGUGCGCUUCGUUAUGAGGAGCUCCAGCGCCAGGUCCCGCUCCCCCUCCCCGUCCCCUUGUCACUCCCCCGGGCUGGGCUCGCCCCUCCUGGCCCUCAGGCCCUUCCACCAGAAGCCCCUCCACCUGUGGAACAAGUACGACGUUGGAGACUGGCUGGAGAGCAUCAACCUGGGGGAGCACAGGGCCGGCUUUCAGGAGCACGAAAUCGAGGGCUCGCACCUCCCGGCACUCACCAAGGACGACUUCGCUGAGCUGGGAGUGACGCGCGUGGGACACCGCAUGAACAUCGAACGAGCACUAAAACAACUACUGGAGAGCUGACCCCUGCCCUGAGAGAGAGAGCGGGAGAUGGAGAGGGAGA